UAGGACGCUAAAAAUUGUUUACAAAACAAAUCUGUGCCCUACAUCUACAAUCAUGGUCAAAUCUUGAUAGAAUAGUCAUUUCAGUCGUGUCUUGUAGUGUACCAAUGUUUUGUUACUUCAAUGUUACGCCAAUUUGUUUGCCUUCUUGUUUUCAGUGGUGUGGUUCUCGGGAGUUCCAGAUGUCACAAUGACAGUCAUGGCAUAUUGAAGUAUAGUGGCCUACCUUGUGCAAGUGUCCGACUGUAUACAGACAAUCAUAAGGGAGCAUGUGGGUGUGGACCAACAGAUUUAGACGCUCCUUUUGCCUGGAACCUGGCUGACUACGUUGCGGCACCUAAUCAAAAGUUUUUUGAUGAUGGGGGUAACAAUGCGUUCUGUGGUCACAACUGUGGUCAAUGUGUCAAGUUGACUCCAACAGGCGGUGGCUACGGUGCAGUGCUUGGACCACCACCAGUUGUCUUAACACCGCAUAUAUUUAUGAUUACCAAUGUCUGCACGUCUAGCCAAAGUCCAGAAUGGUGCUCUCAGACUGGAAAACCUGGCACAAUCAAUCAAUACUUUCAUUUCUGUUCGCCACUACCAAGACUCGCCCAAUCUCCAUGGAUUCGAAGUUCACUUCAACCUCCAGAACCACAGAGGUCAGGUCACAGUUGGUCUUGGCUGGGACAACCCAGAGGUCACUUGGGAGUCAGUAGCUUGUCCACAAUCGUUUCUAACGAAGUGGCACCAGUGUCAGUGCUACAGCGGAAGUGGAUGACAAGAUCAGACGUAGCCAAUCUAAUUUCAGCUUCCAUUUUGUCAUUGAACUUCAUGUAAUCUGUGUGUAUAUGUCUGUGCGUGUGUGUUAUCUAACAAUAAAUGAUCUUGACAAGUAA